AUGGUAAAUAGUAAUCUAGGCCGCUGUCAAUACCAUCGAAUAGCAGAGGGUAUAACCUUCACUUCGGCGUUUAUUGAUAAUUCGGCCUACUUACACGUCACCAAAAAUUCUAUAUUCGCAAUGAGGAAAGUUUCAAAAAAUCGAAGUGAUGAUGAUGUGAUUUCAUCUACUAAUGGUUCGGGUUCUGUGGAAAUUAUCGAGAAUCCUAACGCGGAGGGUUCCGUAGAAGGAACUGAAAAAGAAUCUGAGGCUAAAACUGAUGAUAGCGAUGGGAGUGGAAAUGGAAUAUCAGAAGUUGAAAAAGAAAAGGACGAAAGUCCUAAAAAAGGAAAAGGUAAAAACAGUAGACCUAAAAAAAAGAAAGCAGGCAAAACAAAAAAAAUAGUACAAGAAGCAGAAGAAGAAAAGGAAGAAGAGUAUGAGGUGGAAAAAAUUGUAGAUUCUAAGAGAAUAAAAGGGAAGCUACAUUACCUCAUUCAUUGGAAAGGUUAUUCUUCAGAAGAUGAUACAUGGGAACCAGAAAAUACUUUAUCUUGUCCUGAGCUAAUUAAUAAGUUCAAUGAAGAAAAAGAAAACUCUAAGAAUAAAGAUGCUGCACCUCAGCAGAAGAAAAAUAACAAACGAAAAAGUAGCGUGAAGAAUAAAUCAUCACCUAAGAAACCAAGGAAUAACAAGUGGGACAGUGAAAAGGCUGAUGAAUCUGCUGAGUAUGAGGUUGAACGCAUUUUAGAAGUACAUCAUAAGAAAUCUGGUAAAAGAGAAUUUCUCAUUCACUGGAAAGGAUGGUCCAAUAAAUUUGAUUCAUGGGAACCUGAAAGCAAUCUUAACUGUCCAGAACUAAUCAAAAAAUUUAUGGAUAAAGUAAAUGCGGCUCGCUCAUCAGACUCGCGAAGUUUACGAGUAGCUCCUGAAACAACAAAUCGAUUUACAUUGCAAGCUCCAUCAUCUGGACGACGACUUAGUAAAAGGAAAAACCAGCGCCAACGGGUUCGUUAUGAUAACGCUGAA